AUGGUCGUCGACCCAGAUCAGCAUCCAGGACAACCGAAAACAUACCCUGCCUUGAGACCAGUCACAGGUCUUAGUGGUACUCAGCUUGUAACUUGGUUCAUGUACGGGUUCAUCGACAACGGCUGGACCAAACCUUCAUUGCCCCCAGCACCCGAGUUGGACGUGGUCAUGACCUGGGUGAACGGGUCUGACCCGCUCUGGGCGCUCGAACGGGACAGACAGGCGGAGAGGUACGGGCUCAGUAAGAGGGUAUCAAACUUGGCGAGACAUUGGAGGGAUAAUGGGAUGGGCCCUUAUCCUAUUCGGAGCGUUGUCGAUGCGUUCUCCAAGCCUGAAGGGAGAAGCGGUCUCAGACGGAUUCAUCUCGUCACGGCAGACAUGCAAUUGGAUGGAAUCGGAUUCGCCAACAAUGCGACGAGCGAUGUUACGCCGUCUCCAGAUCGGCCGUGGACGAUGGGUCAGGUGCCGUCAUGGCUGGAUCAGGGCAAACUCGUCCCGCUGCUCGACGAUGACGUGUCCACAAGGUCGGAUCAGGUCGAGCUGCAGAUGCACUUCCACUCCGAGGCUUUUCAGCUUCCCGAAUCUCGCUUUGGCGGGAUUAAACCCUCCAACGAGUCGCAAUCGGAUAUCCGAUGGAAGGACGCCGAUGAAUGGAAGCGUGAUUCCGUACCUACUUUCAACUCGUUUGCUAUUGAGUGGCAAAUGGGUUGGCUUAAGGGUGUUAGCGAUUUGAGCGUACAUAUGAACGAUGAUAUGCUCCUCUUGGCCCCUUUGACGACCUCGGAUUUCUACUCGAUUCCCUUCGGUUCCGUAUUACGCGUUGACGAUACUUUCCAGCUGCGCGUCCCCGCAAUCUUCGAUCCGACCAAGGUGACAGACACGGGCGAAUGGGGAGGACUACAACACGCCAACUAUCUACUCAGCCGUCGGUUCCCGGACAGGAGCCGACAUUACUUGCAUCACCUUCCGAAGACGUUGAGUAAACCUAUUAUUCACGAGGCCAUGCACAUGUUUGGCGAAGAGAUCGCCCUGGCUUCCAGCAGGCCGUUCAGAGAGGUUACCGUUGGAAACGGGGAUAUCGAGAUGGGUUUCAUGGUGACCCAUCUGAGAAUCGAGAGGUGGAGAGAGGCGUUGCUAUGGAUUUGGGCCGUAGGGAAGAUGGGGAAUUUGGACCCCUCGGAUGAGAUCGGUACUUGGGGCGAAGCGGCGAGAGCCGAGUUGAAGUCUUUGCUCAAUCUGGAGACCUUGAGCGGGACGACGCUGGUCGUCAAACUAGACCGGGAUACCCUGAAGGACAUGGACUCUACGUUCAAGAAAGGCAAUUGGGAAACACCUAAAGCUACAACCUACUCUUUCUCUUCCAUGGACGGUCAUGUGCCGCCUAUACAACUGUACGAACGGGAAGGACCCGAGACGUGCAUGUUCAAGGUCGAGCAGUGUCUGGGCGAGACGUUUGUGAACGGGACGCGGAACGUGCCUGCCGAGGAGAUGUUCAAGCAUUUGGCCUUUGCAGAUUGGCGAUGUGGGGAUUGUUUGAUCAAUGCGCUUAUCAACCAGUCAGGAAGAAGCGGCCUUUCAGCCUUCUUCCCGGCAAAGGACGUCGAGGUAGAGAACGCCACGGUAGACUCUGAGAUCGCGCAUCUACCUUUGACCUCGAAUUGGCGGGAUACGGACUUCAGCUUGGAAGCUGUGACGCGGGGUGAUAGCGCAUCGAUCACCUUGAAUCUUAGGGAAUGGGCAAUGAAGAUGCUGUCUAGGUAUCUCUACGUCACAGGAGGAACGCCGUCUCAUUUCGUCACCCUGAACCAGGCUAGCCAAGCAAGCAAGGUGUUGGCCAAGAUCGAUGCGGACCCGUCGAUGGCGAUGGUCUGUUUCAACGACGACGCGAGGAGAAACCAGGAAGAGAGGAUCUCGAACGUGAUGAACGAAUGGCUCGGCAGGAGGUUCGAGGGCAAGGAGAUGUACUGGGAGAACCAGAACAAGGUAGAGGAAGAGGUGAUCGAAGACCCGAUAAUAGGAUAG